AUGCACAUAGCGCUACUUGGAAGAUCUGUCCGCUGUAUGUGGCAUUCCGUGCUGCCGCCAAAUAAUUCUGCGCCGAUCACCAGUGAGGACGCUGAGUGCCGCUUUGAGCUGCUCACCCCGAACGGCAGUCUUCUAUAUGCAGGGCGAGCGACGGGAACGUCUUACUCGUAUGCGUCGUCAGCUGGAGGAUUUCAAGGUCUGCUGCACGAGGUCAUUAUACCUGAUGUGAUUCCGUCCGGCGAGGACCUUGCAGGCAAACAGUCAGGGUUUAGACUGAAAUACCAGUGCCGUGAUGCUAGCUCUCCACCGUUCGACGAAUACAGGGAAAUAAUUGAACUAUUCAGUCGCAGAACUCAUGGGAAUCGUUCUGCUAUUGCUCUCGUUGCCGACAUGGGAGUUUUGGAGUCCGAGGAUACGAUGGCAUCCAUGAAGACAACAUUAGACCUGGGUGAUGUUAACUUGGCGAUGGUUGUGCACAGCGGUGAUAUCAGCUAUGCCGACGAUCGCCUAAGCUCUAGCAACUGGCAAGUUUGGGUGGAGUUCCUCCGCCGCUUGCAGCCUAUUCCUCAGCAUGUGCUCUACAUGACCGCACCGGGCAAUCACGAAGCACAGUUCAACUUCACGGCCUAUCACAACUGGUUUCACAUGCCGCAUGCCCAGUCAAACUCCUCCUCGCCGGACUACUAUUCGUUUGAUUAUCUCGGCGUGCACUUUUCCAUGAUCUCAACGGAAAUGGAUUUCCAGAAGGGCUCCAUGCAGCAUGAUUGGUUGGAGGCCGACAUGAAGAAGGCCAAUAUGAACCGCGACGCUGUCCCGUGGCUGGUGGUGAGUGGUCACAGGCCGCUCUACUGUAGCUCGAUUCUCUCGGAGAAGCGCUGCAGGCUCGAAGCACCCGUCUAUCGAAGCUACAUUGAAGAUCUGUUACUGGAUAACCAGGUCGACGUCUACUUGGCUGGACACAACCACCAGUACGAGAGGUCGUAUCCCAUGUACGACGGCGUGGCAGUUCAGCAGGACUUCAUCAACCCGCGCGCGCCAGUCUACAUUGUAAACGGGGGUGCGGGCAAUAUAGAGGGUAACGACCACACGUUUCUGCCGAGCAUGGCAGUGCCGUGGAGAGCUGCACACGGCACUCACCACACGGGUUGGAUGACUAUGAUCCCUACAAACAGUAAGCUCUCCUUCUUCUACACGGAAAGUAGAAGUAAUGAAAUUGUUGAUAAAUUUGAGAUCGUAAGAACUCACUAA